AUGUACUUGCUUGCCGUCACUUCAAUCUUGGUCGCCGCUGCUGGCCUCUGCCAAGCUCAAGCGGAAAAUUCUACCGAAAAUGCGGCUGACCACUGGUGUGGCAAGUGGGCCGGAUCGCCCGAACCCGCCAACGUCCCCACCGCACAGCAACUGCCAACGUUUGAUUACACGAGAAGGUUCUUUGUCGAACCCCAGUUGCAACGUACGCCAUUUGCGCCCGUCGUUGCUACGGAACCUAAAGUUCAGGUUCCGAAGAUCUGGGGAAACAAUGAGUUCAGAGUUGCGUUGCUGAGCUAUGCUGGACCUCAAAGAAUCUAUGCGAGCAGCAAGUCUCGCUGGACCGAUUUCGGCGAAGCGCUUCAGCUCGUCAUGAGGGACUGUGUGAGCCAGGCGUCUCCGGGCCUCACGCAGGCGACCCUCGUCAUCUACGCCUACGCUAUCGGUUCCUUCUUCGAUUUCCAGAUGAACUACUACAUGUCGGCCCCCUAUGGCAUUGAUCCAGCUUCGAUCCAAGAGAGUUUUGCGGCUUCAAACUUCGCUGGGUCUUCGAACGUAGCCAAGGCGAUUAUAUGA